AUGAGGAAGCUUUGUAAGACAUUGAGCAUUGAACGCAGGAGGCUAAGCUUAGAGUCACACAGAAUUAAUGGUAGGAUUAAUAGAACCAUUAGGACAAUAAGAGAUGGAAUAUUAAAAAGUAAGAAGGAAUCAUUUACAGACAAAGUUUAUGAAGCAAUUGAGAAAUAUAACUUAAGCUUCCAUGCAGGAUUAAAAUGCAUUCUGGUAGAAGCUGUAGAUGAUAAGACAGGGACAGUUAUGAUAGAGAAUAGUUCCCAAGGAAGUUAUGCUAAGAGGUUUAAGCAGUGGUAUAGGCAACAAUUUAUUAAACACGAAAAGGUUAGAGCUGCUAAAAAUGAGAAUUUAAAAGGAUGUAAUUAG